AUGGCUGUUCAACCGCCCUACCUCUACUCUGACCAGCGCGAUGACUCUCGCUUCCCGGCAACAUCUUUCGAUCCAAAGGCUGUCACUCGCGCAAGCUGGCAGAAGCCUGCGCCAAAGCCAAAGCGAGAUGGCCCGCUCAUAUCCUUCAAUCGUCAUCCAGACGCACACAUGGUCUUGACACAUCGAGCGAAUCCAUACGCGCCAAUGGGCUCGCGCACAAAGAAGGCGAUCAAGUGGCUGCGCAGGGUUCAACUAGGCAUCCGAAUUGUGCAGAUCAACGUGGCGCUUGGCCUGCUGGCGUGCAUGGUGAUACUCAUAAACAUGGACGAGGUCAAAGGAUGGAUCAUGCGCAUUGUGCCAGGCAUCGUUGCCGGACAUUGUCUAUACUCCAUCUACCAUCUUUCGCGUGAUGCCACAGGACGCACACCAGGCUCCUCGGCCGCCUACCACAUCUUCUCCGCCCUUGCGGAUAUGAUCACCAUGGGCUUCUAUGCCUUCACUGCACUGACAAUCCACAACGAGUCGGGUAAAUGGUCCACACGUCUGCCCCAGGGCAGCGAACUACUCGGCGCUGUGGUUCUAGCCGCUUACUAUGGGCUCGUCGGCUCGGGCAGUCUCCACGGUGCUUCACUGUUCAUGUCGCUGUGGCUGGCCUGGGCUUUCCGCAAGAUAAGCCUGAUGCCUCCGGACAUGAACCCCCUGGAGGAUAACCUCACAGCUCGACCAAAGCACAAGCGCAACCAGUCCUCCAUGACAACCUUGACAAACAACGAAAGCGAAUAUGAGAAGCGCUUGUCUACACCGGGAAGUGGCCGGCCCUGGUCGCAAAACUCAUACGGAGAGGAAUCACCUCGCCGUUCUGUGCCCUUCAUGCACACUCGCCAGGGGUCCAGCAUCUCCUUUGGUUCAGGCAGUCCUACCAGGGCCAAUUUGCCGGACCGUCAGUACCAGAUUGUCGCAGGCAACAUGUCUCCUCGCAACUCCGCCAUGUCGCCCCAGUCCAACAAACUGUCUCGUCCAGUUUCCGCCCAAAACAGCGCCUAUGCCGAGCUUCCCAUGCAGGAUGCCUUGGAUCAGGACGCUCGGGUUGGCAAAUUCAGGGAAGCCUGGGCGCCUACUGAUUCUAUGGUGUCGCGGACCAACCGGCGCAACAGGGAGGCUGCGGUGGCCAUGCGUCAAAACAACAGAAACAGCGCCGCUUAUGCUGCUUUGACCGACGAACGAUACGACGUGGAGGAUUCCGACUCCGAGUAUGGGAACGAGAACGAUCUGAACGAUGGAGAUCUUUCGCAAGGCCUCCACCCCAACCCCUUGCGGUCCAACCCGCAUGACACCGAGAAGAGGCUGGCGGACCGCGCCAAGACCCCUUUCUACCCUGUGAUCAACAAACAUCAGUCGGCCGACAUGGCCGUCUUCGGUGGAUCCGGCAAGGUGGAGGAGAUGAAGCACUACUCUGUCGAUGCCAGCACACUAUCCGAGACGAGCCACAACCGGAGGCGCGUCUCUGACAAGGACAUUGCCGACGAAGCGGACCCGAUACCAGCAGCAAUGCCGACCAAGCGCUGGUCGCAGCGUCUCAUGAAGAAGAGGGACUCUUCCAUCCAGCCAGACUCGGCUUUCCUGGCCAAGCCGUACGGAGAGCUCAAGAGCGCCACGCCACCCAUCAUAAUAGGCAACGAUCGCAAGAUCUCGUCUGGCAACGACUAUGGUUCCCAGUACAUCGGGUCCAUGCACGGGCGUCGCAACGUGAGCGGCAAGGUUGCCGAGGAGGGCAGAGCAGUACCGGCGAGGAAGCCCGUCAACACGGAUAUUGGCUUUUACGCACACAAGGGGUACUAG